AUGGUUCCCAGUACCGAUGCACGACGACAUGCUGAUAAGGACCUUAAGAAGCGUAUUGCGGGGGAUACGGCCAAGCUGAAAGGAAACAGCUUUUACGGCAAAAUGAUUGAAGACCUGGCAAGACACGCAAAUACUACGUUUACGAGGGAUGAAAAGGAGGUUGAUGCAGCCCUGCGAAGCCCGUACCAAGAAGAUCUUGAGGAGAUUGGAGAUGCAUACGACCUUAGAAAAAGCAAGUGUACUGUCGACAGAGCUUACCAGUGCGGCAUAGCCGUUUAUCAGCUCGCCAAACUCUGCAUGCUGGAAUUCUAUUUCGACUUCCUGGACAAGUACGUGGAUCGUCGAGGCUUUGAGUACAUUUACAUGGAAACCGACAGUGCGUAUUUUGCCAUCUCCGGAGAAGAGUUGAGGGAUGUCGUUUGUCCCGAACUGUUUGACGAGUAUGAUGAAGAUGUAAAAAACUGGCUCGUCACCGAUAAGUAUUAUAAGGUUAUUUAA